AUGAUGCAACGUACAUACGAUGGAAUCAAGAAACGACCCGGAAGGUUGCUUUUCCCCCUUCGCGCCUGGCAGAUCAAUCCACGCAUUCUGCCCAAGCUGUGUAGCAAUAGUGUCGAUUGUUAUCCCUUACCGCGCUUCAGCAACUCGUCCAAACCUUUGUACUGCAAAUGUACGUCUGUGCUCGACAGGCUAGCUCGCAUCUCGCGUUUACAAACAACAAGUCUGUCUGCCCGAGAGCCUUUUCAAGUAUCGUCCGUCAUGAUGUUGAUCUGA